CGCCAUCUAGCUGCCCCAGACAAUACUCUUGUAACAAAUAUUCAUCAUCAAGCAAAACAAAUUCCCCCAUUAGCCAUGUCUAAAAAUGCAUGUUCCAUCCUGCAUCUUGAGUCCAUCCCCUUGCAGUCAGGAGGUGGGGAGCAUCCAUCAUCAUUGGUCCUUUGAAGUGAUAAUUGAUCAUAUCGAUCAGAGUUCUUAAGUUUUUCCAGAAUUGCUUGACUUUACACCAUUGAUGAUGUAGUAUAAUGGUUUUGGUUUUACUUAUUUCACUUGGGAUCAGUUCAUACAAGCCUUCCCAGGUUUCCCUGAAAUUAUCUCUUCAUUUCUUACAGCACAGUAGUAGUCUAUCAUAUUCACAAACUAUUUCUUCAUUCCCCAAUUGAUGGGUACCCUGCCCCUUAUUUUCCCAUACUUUAAGACUUCAAAAAGAGCUGCUAUAAAUAUUGGUGUAUAUGUGGGUCGUUUUUCCUCUUUCCUAGAUCUCUGGAAUAUAGGCCUGUUGGAAUUAUUACUAGAUCAAAGGUCAUGUGCAAUUUAGUGACUUCAUGCUUCGUUCCAAAUUACUGCCUCCCUCUUUUUUGGUGAGGUCAGGGUUUGCUGGCUUCAGAACGAACUCUAGAUGUUUUUUUUUAAAUCUUUGUUUGUGAGAGGGUUGGCCAGAGAGAGGAAUAUAUCUGAAAGACAACUGAUAGAAAAACAACGUGACUUUUAAAAUAUCCUUAAAAAUAGAAAGAACCCCUAAAAUUAAGGGUAGAGGAGAGGGCAGUAUUGAGUAAUGGAUAGAGUAUUGAACUUAAGCAUGGGACACCUGGCUUCAAAUCCUGUGACCUGGAGCAAGUCACUUAACUGCCCUUUGUCUGAGUUUCCUCAUCUGUAUAAUGGGUCUAAUGCCUGUAUUAAUAUCAUCCCCCGGUUAUUGGUGAGGCUGGAAUGAAAUAAUGUAUGUAAAGUGAUUUAAAGGACUAUAGCAAUGGUAGUUAUUGUUAGUCAAAUCCUCUUUAGCUCUUUGGUCUUAGAGGCUGAGCAGUUGCUUCUGCCCCCUCUUUUCUGAGACCUGGGGGAAGGAAGGAGGACUGGAAGCAGGAAGGGACUAGGAUGAAGCCUAUGACUCAGCAGACAUCAUGUCUCAAAGACAGCUGAUAUGAGUCCAGCCUGUGACCUGGAGCUGGGAGGGCAGGGCCCUUGCCCUCCUCCCAACCCCUUCCCAUAUGGCAGAAGAAAACUAGAGGCAGGGAUGAAGAAGGGUCCCCCUGACCUACCCCAGACCACCCCAGAUUCUCCCAGAGCUGCUGGGGAGGAGAGGUGGGCCCUAACCCCUCCCCCAGGCCACCCUACCCUCCUUCCCUCCUUCUCUGGGGCUAGGGGGGAAGGGAAGUAGCAAGAAGGGGAAGUUGCCCGUCCCCAUUUGUUUCAGGCUGCUGUCUGAGCAUUGGGCUCUGGCCCCUCAGCCAUGGACACCCAAGAGACACCUCUGAAGGAUGGUCUUCUCUACCAGCAACAUGUGAAGUUUGGCAAGAAAUCUUGGCGGAAGGUAUGGGCCUUCCUUUAUGCUGAUGGGCCUUCAGGGGUGGCCCGACUGGAAAGCUGGGAUGUGAGAGAUGGUGGGGCCGGACCAGCAGGGGACAAACCCACGGGACGUCGGGGAGUGAUCCGGCUGGCUGACUGUGUGUCUGUGCUCCCGGCUGAUGGGGAGAGUUGCCCCCGGGACACCACUGCUUUCCUGCUCACCACCACCGAACGCAGCCACAUGCUGGCCGCCCAGCAUCGGCACACAUGGAUGGCUCACAUCUGUCAUCUGGCAUUUCCGAGUGUGAAUGGCAGCACCUCAGGACCUGGGGAGUUUGGACCUGCCACGCCUGGCCUGGUCCCCAUGGAGGAAAAUUCCAUCUAUUCAUCCUGGCAGGAAAUGGGUGAGUUCUCGGUAGUGGUCCAGAAGACUGAGGCAGCCACUCGCUGUCAGCUGAAAGGACCUUACCUGCUGGUUACUGGCCAGGAUGCCAUCUACCUGAGCGAGCCCACUGCCCCGAAGCCCCUCUAUGUAUGGCCCUACCACUUCCUGCGCAAGUUUGGCCAUGACAAGGGUGUCUUCUCUUUUGAGGCCGGCCGGCGCUGUGACUCUGGUGAGGGCCUCUUUGCCUUUAGCUGCUCCCGGGCUUCGGAGCUCUGUGGUGCUGUGGGGGCAGCCAUUGCUCGACAGAGAGAGCUGCCUGGAGCUGUUGCUUCCCGGCCCUACCCCUUGGCCCGGGCCUCCUCCCUGCCCUCCUUGGAGCCCAUGGGAGAGCUGCGGGAGGCUCCUCUCGGGCUAGAGGCCUGGGGUGGACCACCGUCGAAUGGAAAGGCCCGGCUGGUCCUAGAGGUGGGACCCCAGAGCCUGCCCCCCUGCCUGGGGACUUCCAUGACAGAUGGGCCCUCUUUGGCUGGCCCUUCAGGCUUUGCACUGUAUGCUUCUGUCUCUAAGUGGUCCAGCAGCACUUCCCGCACUGCUCCUGAGCCAGCUGCGGCUCCGGCUCCAGCUCUGGCUCUGGCUCCGGCUCCGGCUCCCAUACCCCUGGCUGAGCACCUCUAUGAAAACCUGUGCAACUUGGAGGAUGGUUCCAGCGCCGAGACGAGUGGGGAGAGCCUGUUGCAGGCUUCCCAUGGUGGCCAGAAGGACUACCACAUCUACGACAAUAAUGAGGGUCUGAGCUGGCCCGGCCCCCAGACCACCAUGGAUAGCAGCCUGGAGGCCCAGUACCGCCGGCUGCUCGAGUUGGACCUGAAUGAGGAAGGUGCCGAGGAUGUGGAGGACAAUGGGCCAGGGCGUCUCUUGGGUCACACAGGCUUCAAGGCCAAGCUUGUGACCCUCCUGAGCAGGGAGCGAAAGAAGGGCCCAGCUCCGAGGAACCAGGGCCUAGGGCCGGCAGAGGGCCAGGCCUGAGAGAGCACCCUGAACCCAGGCUGGGCCCCAGCCUCCCUACUCUGUGCAGCAUCCCUUCCCCAUUCCAAUUAUGUACAGUGUACAGCAGUUUCUUAAUAAAGGCCUGUUAGCCCCUACCUCAGGCUACUGCCCCUGUGUAGCCCCAGAGGGUCCCCUCCAUUCCACUCCUUGGCUUCUUGUUCUGGGCAUCCCACCCCCAGUCCCCCAAACCUCCCUUUGGC